UGAGCUCUUCCGAUGAUACAUCAAGAAAUCACAAAGUCCGACAACAUUGUCCGAGCGGAACCAUUAACAUCCAGAAAAAAGAGGGGCAGGGAUUUACCGGGAAACACCGGAAACACCCAGUGAUGUUUGGAAGUGAAGGCUUUGUCAACAAAAUACUGCAUUAUUACUGCAUCACAAUCUUCAAACUAAACCAGCUCCAGUGCGUUUGAUAAAGGAACACCAAGAAAGAUGCUUAUUAAAGUAAAGACCCUCACAGGAAAAGAGAUAGAGAUUGACAUAGAGCCCACAGAUAAGGUGGAGCGGAUUAAAGAGAGAGUGGAGGAGAAAGAAGGGAUCCCUCCGCAGCAGCAGAGGUUGAUCUACAGUGGGAAACAGAUGAACGAUGAGAAAACUGCGGCAGACUACAAAAUCCAAGGAGGCUCCGUUCUCCAUCUGGUACUAGCUCUGCGAGGAGGGCGGGCUCCCCACUUUCCCAGAAGUCUGUGCUCAGAGCCGGCUGUGUAGCCAUUACUUGAAAACAUGCCUUUUGCCUUUUUUUCGGAUGCCUACAGGAAGCAGAUACGCCGAAGACACACAGUUUACAAGGCUGCUGAGUCGCAUCUUGGCACUGUUGGGUUACACUGAGCCGUUGGUAGAAAGAGUUAGAUCAGGUUCUGCUUGCUUAAGCCACUUUUUCUACUGUUGGCUUGAAACACUCCCCUCCCUAUGUAACACUGCCCUACAGAGACUUUUUGUGUUUAAGCUUCCAUGGCAGAAAGGUCACAGUUACUGUCUGAAAGAUUGACAACAAAAUAGUUGUUGGAGAAGUUACUGUAGGGCACUCAAGCCACUCUGUCUUUUGACGGUUUCGCAAGUGAGCACAGAGGUUGUCUUUGCUCCCCUGAUCAUCAAUCAGAGAUAACUGUAGCUCAAAAAAGACCCUUUAGACACCAACCCUUUAAUUUAAGUCUUUGCUGUCAGAGUCUUUUCAGUUUCUUCUUUCUAUUCUUUACAAAUUACUCCAAUUAAGGCGUAGGCUACUAACAUUGAAUGAGCGUCCAUGUAUCUCAGUUUGAUGUGUAAAAGAUGGACAAGUGCUUAUUUAAAAAAAGAUGGUCGACAUUCGCAAUAAUGAAGUAUUAACUUGCUGUGUGAAACUUUGAUGUGAAGAUUGAUACCACACACACAUUUGUAUGAGAAAUGCUGAUGGCUAUGUACAGCCUGGCUAGUUGAGAAGCUAAGAAGCUAAAUCCUCUUUGACACCGCUUAUAAACUUCACUUAUUAAGAAUUUAAAUCGUGUUUGUUUAUCUGUAUGAAAACCAAAGUUUGAAUUACAUUUGGUAGCUUUACAGACAUAUUUUGGCUUCACAAAUAUUCAGUGGAGACUCCUGGAUGUUAUUGAUCCCAGCCAGGAAAUAUGCCGCCUUCCAUAUUUUCUCAGAGUCGUAAUUACGUCUUCAGGGGGCGUUGCAGUCGACACUUCUGCAAGGGAACUCGGAAUUUCCGACUUCCGAGUUCCCAGUCGGAAAAAAAAAGUAGGCCGGGUUCAGAUCCAAGACGGCUGCUAGGUGCAUCGAAAGGGAUGUUUUAAGCAGCUAAGUCGUCUUUUUGUGUAAUUAAAUCAAUCAGAACGAUGGUAUCGUGCAAGUUCUCUCUGUGGAGGUGUUUUCAUGUUAUUGUCGGUCAGAAACUAUCACAGUGUUAUCGUCUGGUAUUAGCUAACAAAACAAAGGUUCUCCUGGAGGCGUCCCGUGUUGCUUUUUUUCCGACUUGCAACUGGAACGCAGUAAACUCGGGUGUGACGUCAUUCCCAGUUCCGAGGUUAUGCCGCGUUCCAUUUACCUCGGAACUCGGAAUUUCCGACUUCCGAGGUAAAUGGAACGCGGCAUAACCUCGGAACUGGGAAUGACGUCAGAAUACACGCUAUGCAAGAAGAGCGACGGUGUACAUUAUUAUUAUUAUAAAUGCGUUGUUUAAUUUCUUAUGAAUUAAAUUAAUUCAUAACGUUUUGAUUUUGUGCCAACCGCACGUGCUACUGUUCUGAAGACGAGAGAUAAGCCUGCUGUGGAUCACCCUCGAUGUGUACUUAAUGCCGUGGGUCAUUGUGUCGCUACAAUAAAAUUGAAGCUCAUGACGAAA